UUGCCCUCUCUGAGACUCCUCGGAGACUCGCCAGCACGCUCUAUUUUCCUGAGACCCUCACUGUGGACUCCCAGGGGGUGGCAUAAAAUAUUCCCCUACCCUUCCCUCAUCCUGGGCAAGGUGUGGCCCCUGGACUGCUGCAUUCUUAGCUGCAGUGACGGUUCUUCCUUCCCCUGGAGGUCCUGCCUGUUCACCGGUGCACAGCACUUCAUUAAGGGAACUUCCUCCUCCAGGCUGACCACCAUGAUGCCCUCAGGGCCACCGCCCAGGGUCUACUGGACUUUGCUCAUCUUUCUGCUUCUUGCCUGCUGUCAGUUGCCCACAGGUGCCCAGGGACAGACGUACCAGUUACGAGUGGAACCGAAGGACCCAGUGGUGCCUUUUGGAAAGCCCCUCAUGGUAAACUGCAGCUUAGAUUGCCCCAGCCCUGGAUUAAUCUCCCUGGAGACAGCCCUCUCCAAGGAGCACCACAGCAGGGGCCUGGGCUGGGCAGCCUUCCGCCUCACCAACGUGACUGGUGACAUGGAGCUUCUCUGCUCUGGCCUCUGCAAUAAGUCCCAGGUGGUGGGUUUCUCUAAAAUCACAGUGUAUGGGUUCCCAGAGCGUGUGGAGCUGGCACCCCUGCCCCUCUGGCAGCCGGUAGGUGAACACCUCAACCUGAGCUGUCUGGUGUUUGGCGGGGCCCCACGGGACCACCUCUCCGUGGUGCUUCUGCGCCAGGAGGAGGAGCUGGGCCGGCAGCCCGUGGGAAAGGAGGAGCCUGCCAAGGUCACGUUCAUGGUGCAGCCGAGAAGAGAGGACCAUGGCACCAAUUUCUCCUGCCGCUCCGAACUGGACCUACGGUCCCAAGGACUGGAACUCUUCCAGAACACCUCGGCCCCCAGGAAGCUCCGAACCUUCGCCAUGCCCAAGACCGCCCCGCGCCUCGUUUUCCCCCGGUUCUGGGAGAUGGAAACCUCCUGGCCUGUUAACUGCAGCCUGGAUGGGCUGUUCCCAGCGUCGGAGGCUCAUAUUCAGCUGGCGCUGGGGAACCAGAUGCUGAAUGCCACAGUAGUGAGCCACGCGGACACGCUCACGGCCACAGCCACAGCGAAAACCGAACAGGAGGGCACCCAAGAUAUUGUCUGCAACGUAACCUUGGGGGUCGAGAAGCGAGAGACCCGGGAGAACUUGUUCGCCUACAGCUUCCAGGGACCCAACCUGAACCUGAGUGAGUCUAACGCCACCGAGGGGACCCCAGUGACUGUGACUUGCGCGGCCGGACCCCGAGUCCAGGUCAUGCUGGAUGGAGUUCCAGCCGCGGUACCAGGACAGCCUGCCCAGCUUCAGCUAACGGCCACCGAGAAGGACGACAGGCGCACCUUCUUCUGCAAUGCCACCCUCAAGGUGCAUGGGGUGACGUUGCACCGUAAUAGGAGCGUCCAGUUGCGUGUCCUGUACGGCCCCACGAUUGACAGAGCUAAAUGUCCCCAACGCUUGAUGUGGAAAGAAAAGACUAUGCAUAUCCUGCAGUGCCAGGCCCGGGGCAACCCGAACCCCCAGCUACAGUGUCUGCGGGAAGGCUCCAAGUUUAAGGUGCCCGUCGGGAUUCCAUUCCUCGUCUUGUUAAACUAUAGUGGUACCUACAGCUGCCAGGCGGCCAGUUCACGGGGCAUGGACAAAAUGUUAGUGAUGAUGGACGUUCAAGGUCGGAACCCGGUCACUAUCAACAUCGCCCUGGGAGUGUUAGCAAUCUUGGGCCUGGUGACUCUCGCUACAGCCUCAGUGUACGUCUUCUGGGUGCAGAGGCAACGUGAUAUUUACCACCUAAAGCCAAGAAGCAGCCGGUGGCGCCUCAGGUCUAUAUAGCCCGUGACUGUGGCAGAGGAGUUAUCCUGAGCUCAGUGAUACUGAGCAAAGACGACAGGGGCUUGGCUGUAUCUAUCUUCGAA